CCGUUUCCAUCAACCGACACCUUUUUAAACCAAACGCAAUCCAUUCUCUCCAACAACAGAUUCCCGAGACGCUCACCUUCUUGUAGAAGUCACUUUCCAAUCAAGCCCAUACGUCAGAAUCUCACUACAAAAUCAGUUGUUUGACGCUCAACCAGAAUGUCAGCAACCACAAUCGCUCAGAAGGGCAUCGAUGCUCUCGCGAAGGGUGAUCAUGCCACGGCCAUCACAAAUCUCGACAAGGCACUCGAGUCUUCCAACUCACCAGCGUGGCUCCUAGCUCGCUCCAAGGCACAUCAAAAGGCCAAGAAUCUCGAAGCAGCGUUACACGAUGCCGAGCUUGCUUACCAUGCCGCAGCCGAACGUGGCUCUGGCACAUCACGCAGCCACAUGAUCCAAGCCCAGUAUCGCCGCGCUGUCAUCUACUACCAACUCGGACGUUUUGCUGAUGCAGACUGCUGUGCUAAGUGGAGCAUGCUGCUCGCCGAAGGUCGACCAGCGAGAGAGGACGAUGGUGUGGAAAAGAAGGUUGACUCCGAAGGAAAUUAUACGGUCACAUACGACGAAUUUCUUGCCGAUAAGGAAAACCAACCAAAACCGAAAACCUCUGAUGGUAAUGCUCUCGCCGCUGCCGAGAAGGGACCGUAUUCCACAGAUUGGAAUAUGGCAUUCUCGUGGAGAAGCCAGGCUCUUGGAAGGCUCAAGAAUUUGCCAAAGGAUCACCCUGGCUGGAAGGUUAAUGUCACUAAGAUCCCGCCCAAGCCCGAAAAGAAGAAAGCUAAGAGCCCCGAGCCGGCCGAGUCGGCCAGUGAAGAUGAGCUCAAAGAGCAAAAGCCCCCUCAAAAGGAGGCUCCUGCCCCUGGAUCAGUUUCUGACGAGAAGAUGAAGCUGCGUAUUGACUUCUACCAGACCAACCAGACUGUCACUGUCAGUCUGUUUGUCAAGGACGUCAAGAAGGAAGACUUGAAGGUCGAAUUUGGCAAGCGUCAAGUUCGAAUUUCUCCUAUCCCUCGUGAAGCCGCACCCUACGUCAAGCCCGGCGACAGACAAGCCACCUCAACCCUUGUUCUCGCCGGCGAGAUUGAUCCCUCGGCCUCCAGGUGGUCCGCUUCGCCACGCAAGAUUGAGCUGGUCCUGCAAAAGGCCACUCCUGGUGUUAAAUGGGGUCGUUGGGGCGAGGAAAAGAUUGGCAUUGUCGAAUCCGACGAUCAAGAGCCUGCUAUUACAGCGACAUCAUCUUCUGCUGCCUCAACUGCCAAGCCAGCUCUUCCUUCGACCUCUACUCCCGCAAAGGUGCCCGCCUACCCCACGAGCAGUAAAUCGGGCCCUAAAAACUGGGACAGCCUGCCUGUCGAUGACGACAAGGAGGAUGGCCAGGAUAUCAAUGGCUUUUUCAAAACUCUUUACAAGGGUAGUACGCCUGAACAGCAGCGUGCCAUGAUGAAGAGCUUCCUCGAGAGCAAUGGCACGACGCUGAGCACCAACUGGGAUGAGGUUAAGGAUAAGGUCGUUCCCACGGUGCCCCCGGAGGGAGUCGAGCCCAAGCCGUGGAACGGUUAGUUGACACCACCAGGUUGGUUGAUGACGAGACUUGCCAAGCUGUGUAGUAUCUCAAAUGGAUUUCCCUUCAGCAGAGGAGAGACAAACCAAGCCAUCAACGUAGGUGAGAAAGAAAAAUAUGAGAGCUCUGAAGAUGGGCGGGGAGUUUUUUUAUACUUCCUGACAAAAAUGAAGCUGCUCAGGGGUAACUUGAUUAGCAGCAAGAAUAGCAGGAAUGGAUGGGGAACUUUGACUCUCUUCGACAGGUUUGUCGCGAUCACUUGUCAGAAAGGAUGGGGACGGUUUGAACUCGUAUGGAGCAACCCCCCAGCUCUUGGUCUUCUGCUCCUUGACUUGGAUGUCAGUUCUACUCAUAUUUCUGAGCACAGUGUCGCGGUUGAGUUGUGGGAAUUGGGUCCGUUUGCGCAUGCCCUUUUUGGCUUGUGCGGAGGCGCCUGUUUCGUUGGCCUGAUUUGCGGAGUUUUCGAAGAAAAAUUGAUCCGGCUUACAUACCAAAAUAAUUUGAGGGACAAUUUGCGAUAGUCUGAGGCUUACAGAAUCAGUAAAUAGAAUACUGCGAAGCGAAGUUGGUCCCAAGCUACUGCAUCAAAAAACGUUAUCCGGA